AUGUCUGAGCGUGAUGAAUUUUCGGAUGUGAAAGGAAACAUCCCUUCUGAAGUGCUGCGAGUGGGUGUAAGAAUACCACCAUUUUGGCCAGAGGAACCAAGUUUAUGGUUCGCCCAGGUGGAAAGUCAAUUUACACUCUCAAAAAUAACGACAGAUGAGACCAAAUUUUGUUAUUUAGUAGCACAAUUAGAUCACCAGUACGCUGCUGAGGUGAAGGAUAUAAUUACCAAUCCACCCUCCACUAAUAAAUAUGACAAACUUAAAUCUGAGCUCAUCAAACGUCUUUCAGCCUCUCAAGAAAAACGCGUAAAGCAAUUACUCAUACAUGAGGAACUCGGCGAUCGUAAACCAUCGCAAUUCUUACGUCAUAUGCAGAGUUUGGCUGGUCCAUCAGUACCUAUGGAUUUUUUGAAAACCAUUUGGUCCAGUCGUUUACCACCAAAUAUACAAACUGUUAUUGCUUCACAGGAUGAUUUACCUAUAGAGAAACUGGCAGACCUAGCUGACAAGGUGCAUGAGAUAGCCCCUUCUACUCCACAGGUGGCAAGUACCUCAACAGCAUCAGACUCGGAAUCUUCCUAUAGUAACUUAGCCAGACAAGUCAGUGAGCUUACGAAACAGGUAGCCUUACUUACAUCCCAGGUAUCAAAUACCAGAAGACCUGCACGACCACAAUAUAGACGAAACAACCGAUCUCAUUCCCGCAGCCGUUCUCGACCACGUCAACCACCAACAGGUCAUUCUCAUUGUUUUUACUUUACCUACGGUGCUAAAGCAAGGAAGUGUAAACAGCCAUGUGAAUUUCCGACGGAAAACUCUCAGGGCGGUCGCAAGUAG